CUCAACUUCUUAGUGAUGCUAUUAACGUCGUUUCUCAUCUGCAAAUUGUGUCGUAGCCUCACGUUUGUUCUCGUUACUGUACGAGUCUAUCGAGGCUCACAAUUUUGGCAUGACGGAGUUGCGACGAGCGUUGUUUCAAAGGCAGGUGCUUGAGUUGGGCAUUUUUGAAAAAGCUCGACGCAAGCAAGCGAUUCAACAUCAGCGAAUACGACAAUAAUCAAAUGGAGCUCAAUCUCUCCUUUCUCUUCUUCGUGUUCUUCAUCUCUCUCAGCUUUUCCCCUUUUCUUCACUCUGCUUCUGUUCCUUCAGGAUUGGAAAAUGGCAGUUAUAGUAACAGUCAUUCCCGGCGCUUGUUCGUUAAAAGCCAGCCUCAGAAAAGUGCUGAUGUAGCUAAAGGGUACAUGACUAAUUCCGAGCUUGAGGCUGCCAUAAUGGCGUUUGGGAAAAGAUGCAGCAACAUUUCGAGGAUUUACAGUAUUGGGACGAGUGUGAAUGGGGUACCACUGUGGGUCAUUGAAAUUUCUGACAAGCCUGGGCAGGAAGAGGCAGAACCUGCUUUUAAGUACAUAGGAAACAUACAUGGUGAUGAACCUGUAGGGCGGGAGCUGCUAAUGUUACUUGCGAAUUGGAUAUGUGAUAACUAUUUGAAGGAUCCAUCGGCUACAUUGGUUGUAGAAAGUGUUCAUCUUCACAUACUUCCAUCAAUGAAUCCUGAUGGGUUUUCCUUAAAACAGCGUGGUAAUGCAAAUAAUAUUGAUUUAAAUCGGGACUUUCCAGACCAGUUUUUCCCUAUGAAUGAUGAUGCAUUUGGACGUCAACCUGAAACCACAGCAAUAAUGAGGUGGUCGAGAGAGAUACAUUUUACAGCAUCAGCCAGCUUGCAUGGGGGUGCACUUGUUGCAAAUUAUCCAUGGGAUGGCACUCAGGAUAAAAGACGUAAUUACUAUGCUUGUCCUGAUGAUGAUACAUUCCGGUUCUUGGCAAGUGUAUAUAGUCGCUUUCACCAUAACAUGUCCUUAAGCGAUGAAUUUCAAGGAGGAAUUACAAAUGGAGCAUCCUGGUAUCCCAUAUAUGGAGGUAUGCAAGACUGGAACUACAUACAUGCUGGUAGCUUUGAAUUGACUCUAGAGAUUAGUGACAACAAAUGGCCUCCUGCAAAUGAGCUUGCUACCCUCUGGAAUUACAAUAGAAGGAGCAUGCUUAAUCUUGUUCUGAGCCUUGUGCAGACAGGAGUACAUGGAAGGAUUUUUUCAUCAGAUAGUGGGAGGCCAUUGCCCGGCUUUAUUACUGUCGAGGGAAUAAAUUACACGGUUAAAACAAGAAGAGUAUUUGCAGAUUACCAUCGAUUGCUUGCUCCAGGAGGGAGGUAUAUAGUUAUGGCCACUGUGCCUGGGUACAGAUCAAAGACAACCCAUAUCUGGUUAGAAGAAGCUGCCACGACAGUUGAUUUCAUUCUGGACCCAGUAGUUACUCCCAAGGGGAAUCUACUUCAAAGUGCAUGUGAAUGCAAUUGUGGUAGUUUGAGCAGGUAUGGCUUUGUAGACUUUUUUCAGGGGGGUCACUUUGAAGUAUAUGCCAUUUUGAUUGUAGCUUUAGGAUUCCUUUGUUUUUUGUUUCAAAGGAGAAUAAAACACAACCUCUCAAAACAAAGACAGUACGGGCCCAAAAGGCCAGUUGCAGUCUGAGGUUCCCAUUUGUACUACAGUUAACUGUAUAUUUUUUUUUUAGCAAAAAAUUUGUUUUGCACAAACUUAUCUCGAGAAUAAGAUCUUCACCCAUGUUUCCAUGGUGGCUGAAAAUAACCACCAGACUGAAAUAGUACAAAAAUUGUUCUCUGCAAGUAUCUCU